AUGUCCAGCCCGCCUUUCACGGUCAGAGCGGUCUUCGAGUAUUCGUCGGGCCACGAUGAUGACCUUAACUUUGCUAUCGGUCAGGUAAUUACCGUCACCGAGGAGGAAGAUGCGGAAUGGUAUUUCGGCGAGUAUACCGACGAGUCUGGUUCCAAACGAGAAGGCAUCUUUCCCAAGAACUUCGUGGAAAAGUAUGAACCCCCAGCGCCUCCCCGUCCGUCCCGUCCGAGUAGACCGAAGAGAGACGCCGAGGCCGCCUCUUCGUCCGAGCCCGCGCCCGCGCCCGUCGCUCCUCCCACGGCUGAAGCUCAACUCCCGCCUGAGCCGGAGGUAGAGGCCACUUCCCCUCCUGUGCCCGCCCCUGCGCACAUUGAAGAAGUGCCUCCACCCCCGAUGUCCCCUCCAGCGCACGUGGAGACUCCUGGUAGUGAGGCCCCCCUUUCACCGAAGCUCGUGCAAUCCUCCGCCCCUGCUCCCCCGCCUCCCAGUGAAGCGACGGAGCCAGCUCCUAAGGCCGCUCCCAAGCCUCCCCCACCAGCUGUGGCGGAGAAGCCCUCCGGUUCUUCAUUCAAGGAUCGCAUUGCGGCCUUCAACAAGCCAGCCGCUCCUCCGAUUGCUCCUUUCAAGCCCAGCGGCUACAACUCUCAGAGCUUCAUCAAGAAGCCUUUCGUCGCGCCCCCUCCUAGUAAAAAUGCCUACGUGCCACCCCCGAGGGAGGCGCCCCCCAAAAUCUACAAGCGGGACGAGGAUCCGGAGGUUCAGGAGCGAGCUACACGCGAACCGCCCGUCUCCGAAAGCCGGCCGCCGCCUCCUGCCCCUGUUUCUACUGAGGACGCCGGAGAAGGUGCGGAAGAUCAGCCUAAGCCAACCAGCCUGAAAGAGCGGAUCGCCCUUCUACAGAAGCAGCAAUUGGAGCAAGCCGCUCGUCAUGCUGAAGCUGCGCAGAAGAAGGACAAGCCCAAGCGACCCCCCAAGUUGCGCACCGAGUCUCAUGAAGAAACUGUCACAGAGGACCUGGGCGACGAGCCUCAGGCUGGUGAACCCGCCCGAGAUCACAGUGCGGAUACAUUGAAGCCUGCGGCUGUUCCUGUACCCCAUGCAACAACGCCUCCUCCACCGGCACGGGAGUUAGCCAGUGACACUAACGACGCUGAUGACUCUGCGACUGCCGACACCGAGGAUGCCGAGGAAACGUCAACAAGUAAAGAGGACUACGAAGAACGCCAUGUCGAGCCCCAAUCUGCAGCUUCGGUUCAGGAGGAACGGAAGGAAGAAGAAAAGGAUGACAGCGAAGCUGCGGAGGAAGGUGAGGAAGAGGAGGAAGAGAUCGACCCCGAGAUCAAGCGCAGAAUGGAACUUCGUGACAGAAUGGCGAAGAUGAGUGGCGGUAUGGGAAUGAUGGGCUUUUUCGGUGCCCCUGGAGGGAUGCCUGUUCCUGGAGGAGCGCCACGGAAACCGAAGGCGCCUGUCGAGUCGGACAGGAGUGCUGCUGAUACCGAACACGCACCUCCUGCUGCUGCUGCUCCCCCCGUCCCUGUCAUGGCUCUGCCUGGAAUGAAUGUUCCCAAGCCUGCUGCUACUCCCAAGGUCGAGAAAGACGAACAGGAAACGCAAGCCGCCCCGUUGACCGAACAACAUCCGGCUGAGGAAGUGCCCGAUGUAGAAGAGGCUGUUCGCGAAGAGCACCCGCCCACUUCCUCUGACCGGCCACCAGCCCCUCAGGCUCGUCCAGCGCCGCCGCCUCCGCCAAUGGACACCCGGCCCAUCCCACCUCCUGUUCCUCAGGACCGACCCAUCUCUCCACCACCAGUCCCUGGGGGUCGCCCCGCUCCCCCACCUCCUAGACCGUCAACAUCUGGCGACCCAGGUGAAGAGUCUGACGACGAACUCUCCGUGCGUGCUAGAAAUCUCUCUUUGAAUGCCGCAGCAGCUGAACAUUCUGCUGUCCCGCCUGCCCCGGCUCCUCCAAUUCCUGACCACCUUGAUUCACGUCGCUCGUCUACCUAUGACCCCACGUCUCCAAAAUCCCCAACGCUUCCUGCGGAGAAGCGGAUGAGCCGCCAACCUCCCCCCGUUCCAGCCAACCCCCCGGUCCCGAUGCAAAGCAGACCAGCUCCCCCACCUCCCCCUGGCCAUAUCCGUCGUAGAUCGACUGCAGACAGCCGGGCCAGCACCACUUCCCAGCCCCGGCAAGCUGGCGAAGAGGCUGAGGGGGAAGUCACGGAGUACGAUGGCGACUACGACACGGAUAUUGCCUCUAGCGCUAAAUUCAAGGACGCUCUGAAGGCCCAUGGGCGGGAUUCAAGCCUUGAUGACGGCGCUAUGACGGACGAGCAUUCUCUUCAGUCUCCUCGCAGUCCCCACGAAGGCCGUCUUCCGCCACCCCCUCCACCUUCUGCCCCCCGCGCUGUCCCUCCUCCGCCGCCUAUCCAGCCUCCCAAGGGUGCAUCUAGGCCUUCCUUGGAUUCGCCAAGAGGACCGCCUCCGCCCCCGCCGCAGAAGGAGCCAUCUGUUGGCGAUGACGAUGAGUAUGAUCCAUAUCGCUAUACUGCUCCUCAGCACGGACUGCCUCCGCCGAAGGCACCACCUGUGCCCUCCCGCGCCCCGGAAGUGCCUCCCGUUCCUCAGACGGAGCCCGCCAGGGAUGAUGACUCUGACGAGCUGUAUGAGGCGUCUCCUGUGCAAUCGCCACCAGAGAUCCCUGCGCCGCCGUCUGACAAGCGCAGUUCGUUUAUUCCUCCGCCUCCCAGCAUGCCGCCUCCCGGACAGCCCACCACGCCGCGGAGUAACCGGGCGUCCUUGGACAUCCCAAGACAGCAGUCUGCUAUGCGGAGAUCCAUGGACGUAGGCCGUCCAUCUGUUGACCAAGGGUUCAUUGCUAUGGAUAUUGACUUGGCGGAAAGCAGCCUUUGGUGGACGCAGCCUAACAUGCCUCCGCCCACAUUCCAGAACCGCAAAGACAUUCUAGUCGAGGUCGAGGAGUCCAGCUCCACAAAGCGCGGUGGUAAGACUACCGUGACGAAGGAUGUCUAUAUUCUCUUUAUGGACUAUUCCCAGACCGUCAUCAGCGUCAGCUUUGAUGCUCGGAACCCCGCAGACGCUUCUCUGGAGCAGCGUCACGAGGCACCUCCUCACCCGCCCCGACAGGAUCAGCUUGAAAACGCCCACACUCAGAUUGGCAACCGGAUUGCCACUGCUGUCAAUGCCGUUCAGAACACCACUGUUGGAGACGGCACUCCGCACGGACUGGUCCAGCAUCUAGUCAACCCACUCUCCGACGCUCUUCGUCCUGUGGGCACCCGAGCUUAUGGCGCUUUGGUGUAUUCCAAUUUGGCCAACGCUUCUGUGCAACAGAACGAUGAGAUCCGUGCAGGAGAUAUCGUCAGCUUCCGUAACGCUCGUUUCCAGGGUCACAAGGGCACGAUGCAUCAGAAGUACAACGCGGAGGUCGGCAAGCCCGAUCACGUGGGUAUUGUCGUCGACUGGGACGGCACCAAGAAGAAGAUUCGCGCCUGGGAGCAGGGUCGGGAGAGCAAGAAGGUCAAGGUGGAAAGCUUCAAGUUGAACGACCUUCGCAGUGGCGAGUGCAAGGUCUGGCGAGUGAUGCCCCGGGGCUGGGUCGGCUGGGAAAGCUAG